AUGAAAUACAAGAAGCGUAAAUUUCGUGUCUGCGAUUAUUUGCCGAAACAACCACUCAUGUCGAAAGAGAUUCGUACAAAAGUAAUCGACUGGUAUGUGCUAAUGCAGGAAGAUUUUGAGCUGAACCAUGAGGUGCUCUAUCAUGCUGUCAAAAUUUUCGAUCUCUAUUUGAGCGCUACGGAAAAAAACAAAGAUUUUGUAUGUAUUGCAGCAGCCUCAUUGAUUCUUGCCAGCAAAAUCGAUGUUAGUUUUUGUCAAAUUUCCACUUUUGUACUCUUUUACAUCGUUUGUCCCACGCGCUUUCCAACCAAAAUACGCCUUUUGGGGAUGGCCAGUAUGACUCAGUAG